AUGGCCCCAUCACUCGAAGCACCUGAGACCGUCGAGGAUGUGCUAGCGAACCCGCUCAAGCAGAAGCCGCAGCUCGUCGCGCCCGAACCCGAGCAUUGCCCCGGCCCCGACUCGGAACAAGCUGGUGUCGCCGACUCGUGCGCCGGCUGCCCCAACCAGAAGAUAUGUGCCUCUGCGCCCAAGGGGCCCGACCCGGAUGUCCCCCUCAUCACGGCACGGCUCGCUAGUGUCAAGCAUAAAAUCCUUGUUCUCAGCGGCAAAGGCGGCGUAGGCAAGAGCACGGUGACCUGCCAGCUUGCGCGCGCAUUCGCUACCAACCCAGACAUCACCGUUGGUGUCAUGGACACGGAUAUAUGCGGACCCAGCAUACCCAAGAUGCUCGGCGUCGAAUCCGAGACCAUACACAUUAGCAGCGCCGGCUGGUCGCCCGCCUGGGCAAUGGACAACCUGGCCGUCAUGUCAAUUCAAUUUAUGCUCCCCAACCGCGACGAUGCCAUCAUCUGGCGUGGGCCCAAGAAGAACGGCUUGAUCAAGCAGUUUCUCAAAGACGUUGAGUGGGGUGACCUAGACUUCCUCCUCGUCGACACACCGCCAGGCACGAGCGACGAGCACCUGAGCGUUAACACAUUCCUAAAGGAGAGCGGGAUCGAAGGCGCCGUCAUUGUCACGACGCCGCAAGAGGUGUCGCUGCUAGACGUGAGGAAAGAGAUAGACUUUUGCCGCAAGGCCGACAUCAGGGUCCUCGGGCUCAUCGAGAACAUGUCCCUAUUUGUUUGUCCCAAGUGCACACACGCCAGCGAAAUAUUCCGCGCCACCACAGGGGGAGGAAGGGCAUUGGCACAGGAAAUGGGCAUUCCGUUCCUCGGCUCCGUGCCGCUAGACCCGAGGAUAGGCAUGUCGUGCGACUACGGCGAAAGCUUCUUCGACUCGUUCCCAGACAGCCCAGCCUGCAAGGCUCUCAAGAGUGUUGUCAGAACCCUUGCUGACCAAAUAGGGCUCGACCCAAAUGAGAUUAUGCCCGCCGACGAAUCAUGA